GAGACUUCCUGUUGCUAUUCGGGCUUCAGGAUCAUUUGUGAAUUGUUGGUCUACACACAGGGCGACACCCAGGUAUCAAAGAGAGAGCUGCUAUCCUCAAGAUUCAGUCCAAUGUUCAGUGAGAUUACACUGUGAGAUUACUCCCUGGGGAUACCUUUCUGAUCGGGAAAAUUUAUUGGAUGGGUCAGAAGUUCAAUUUCUUGCAGAAAUAGACAGAGCUCUGGGCUCUCGCUCACUGAUGCCAACGGUCCUCUCUAUUUGACCCGACUCAUGGCAGCAAACAUACACAACACGCAACUAUAAGCGAAAGAUCCCGGAUUAGUCCUGCCCGCAGGCUCUGGCCGAAGCAUGUCCCUGGUAAAGGGGAGGACAUGCUCUGAAUCCUGCAUGGAACUGCUGAAUCUGGAGCUUGUGCACUAUUACGCAAGGCAGACCAACAUCCCAUCUGCAGCUGCUAUCGAGGCCAUCGGCUUCAGAGUAGGCAGGCAGGUUGCAGAGCGUUACACAGCCAGCAGAGGGCGGCUUGGCGAGCCUCUGGAAGUCAUCAAAUUUAUUUGCAAAGAGUUCUGGGCGGCUGUCUUCAGGAAACAGGUGGACAAUCUGAGGACGAAUCACAGGGGCACAUUCGUGCUGAAGGAUGCAGCAUUCAGGUGGCUGUCAAAGCUGUCUGUGGACCCCCCACCUCCGGGGGCCCCACCAGGAACAAGCCCUCCAGUGGGUGACCUGGCGCGCGACUACCUUAUCCUGCCAUGUGCGCUCAUCAGAGGAGCUCUGGUGCAUCUGGGAGUUGAGGCCACUGUCACAGCGGACGCCAGCAACCUGCCAGUCUGCGACUUCACCAUCAACAUCAAAAGCAGAUCGUGA